AUGGUGGUAGAGACAGAAAUGGAGCAGGAAUUUAAUGAGAAUGACGAGUCCUUGACAUUCAUUUUCCUUUUCUCCCCUGUUACAGAUCCUGAAUUUACUUACCUAGGAGGCAUUUUGAAUCCUAUCCCAGACUGCCAGUUUGAGCUCUCUGGAGCUGACGGAAUAGUGCGUUCCAGUCAAGUAGAACAGGAAGAGAAAACAAAGCCUGGACAAGCGGUUGACUGCAUAUGGACAAUUAAGGCUACUCCAAAUGCCAAGAUUUAUUUGAGAUUUCUGGACUACCAAAUGGAGCAUUCAAAUGAAUGCAAGAGAAACUUUGUGGCUGUGUAUGAUGGAAGCAGCGCCAUUGAAAACUUGAAAGCAAAGUUCUGCAGCACCGUGGCAAACGACGUGAUGCUUCAAACCGGAACUGGGGUGGUGCGGAUGUGGGCGGAUGAAGGCAGUAGGCUGAGCAGGUUCAGGAUGCUCUUCACGUCAUUUGUGGACCCUCCUUGCUCAGGCAGCACCUUCUUUUGCCAUAGCAACAUGUGCAUCAAUAAUUCUCUAGUCUGCAACGGCAUUCAAAACUGUGCAUAUCCUUGGGAUGAAAACCACUGCAAAGAAAAGAAGAAGACGGGACUAUUUGAGCAAAUCACCAAAACCCACGGCACAAUAAUUGGGAUUACUUCAGGGGUUGUCUUGGUUCUUCUCAUCAUCUCAAUCCUGGUGCAGGUAAAGCAGCCACGGAAGAAGGUGAUGGCGUGCAGAACCACUUUCAACAAAACCGGCUUCCAGGAGGUGUUCGAUCCUCCUCAUUACGAGCUCUUCUCGCUGAGAGACAAGGAGAUUUCCGCCGACUUGGCCGACCUGUCCGAAGAACUUGAAAACUACCAGAAGAUGAGGCGCUCUUCGACAGCUUCGCGAUGCAUUCAUGACCACCACUGUGGCUCUCAAGCAGCUACGGUAAAGCAAAGCAGGACCAACCUCAGUUCAAUGGAACUUCCUUUCCGCAAUGAUUUUGCACAGCCUCAGCCAAUGAAGACCUUUAAUAGCACCUUCAAAAAAAGCAGUUACACUUUCAAACAGGGUCAUGAGUGCCCAGAACAGGUCAUAGAAGACCGGGUGAUGGAGGAGAUUCCAUGCGAAAUCUACGUGAGGGGUCGAGAGGAUGCGGCACAGGGCUCCUUAUCAAUGGACUUCUAG